UGUAAAUUACAACUGAGGCCACUCCAAUCGUAACCGCUCCCGUAGGCAAAGCAAAUAAGCAAACAGCAAUCAAUCUGAGAUAAUCUCAUAUCGUGCAAAAAUGGCAGAGGCAGACGGCGUAGGAGCUUUCUUGCAUAAUCUGGGAAACCUAGACAGCGGCCUGUUUUACUAUCAGAUGGACAACAUUCGCAGCUCGCAUAUGGUUAAAAUUGGCCGGCUUGAUCCAGCCGAGGUUAUUAGAACCCUUAAACCUACUCUCAAACGCUAUGAUGGGAAGGGGGUUCCUUUUCAAGGUCUGAACGUGGGUAAUGCGAAAAAUUUGAGCUAUGAUGUCUUGGAGAAGAUCACUAAUAAAUUCUGUAGCGAGAAUUUCAUCCAGGAAGUUAGACAUGGCAGAUUGUUCCGGGGGUUUAUAGAUGCUGGUCAAGAGGGGCAGCGGGAGGUCACUGUUAAAACAUGGGAUUUUGUCUUUCCUGGAGUCCACAGCUAUGAUACUUAUCCACGAAAAUUCCGUGAUGAAAUUAUAUUACUUGAAAGGUCAGAAAUUAAGUCACAUCCUUUCUUGGUGGAGUUGUUUGGUUUUUGUUUUGAGAAGAAGCUGGCCGUAGUUUAUGAUCUGAAGUUCAACACACCCUUGUGCGAAUUACUUACUUCUGCUGAAUUUGGGUGGAAGGAGCGAAUGAAGGUGGCAACUGAUUAUGCACUGCUCCUGAAAACAUUAAGCAGGGAACAAUUUGAUUUAAGCUGUAAUGGCUCUGAAGAUAUUAUUAUCAUUGAUAAGGAAUAUAACAUUAAAUUGGUGGACUUUAACCUCUAUGCAUUUCCGCAGACACUUGGGAUUCGCUAUUCUGCAACUACCUCAGAUAACACUUUCAUUCCAAAAGCAUAUGCAUUUGAACUUGGUGUUCUACUUCUUGAGUUGAUAACUAAAAAGGAGCGUGCGUGGAAGAGUGAGCGUCAUGCAGGUUAUUAUAUUUCAAAAAUGAAUCAAAGCUCCAUUGUUGCUGAAAGCUUUGAGAUAGAUGCUGACACUGGCACUACAAUUACACAACUUAUACAAUCAUGUGUGAAUCAUGUGGAUGAGCGUCCAGACAUUGACACAGUGUUUGAUAAAUUGGUAAGCAUAACUGGGUAUCGUCCAGCUGUAUCAGAUUCAUAUCCCUGGAUUGAUUCCCUCUAGGUGACUAAUGUAAAACUUCUGAACGACUACUCUUAGCUCGCAUAUGUCACUUGAUGGCUGUGAUGCAUAUAUUGUAACUGCAUUUUGAUGUGUGUUGGAACAGAAACCCUCUCCGGGCUGUAGCCAAUAUCACGUGUUUUCAUUAUGAACUCUUAUGUUAAUUAGUUGUGUCUUUAGCAGCACUUGCUGUGAGGUUUGAGGUGUGGAAGAGAUUAUUAGUGGGUUUAAUUAUGUUGGAUUUCAAAAUUAUAUGCAUAAGUUUCGGGUGCA